AUGGAAGGCCGGCCGGGCUGGGGCUCCCCGUCCGCCUCCCCUCCGGGCACCGCCGGACAGGCAGACGAUGCCCUGGCCGCCGAGGGCGCCUACUACCUGCACCAGGUGACCAUAACUGAACCAUCUGAAGAUGACUAUAAAUAUGAAGAGGUUUCUAUUGAUGAUGACAUUAGUUUUCAAGAAGGUGACGAAGACCUGGCCAAGGCAGUUCAGAUGGUUCAAGAACAGGCAGAAGAUGCACAAACUAUGACACAGAAAACAGUUCCCCCAUCUACACAAUCAGUGUCUGAAGUACCUGAAGUGAUUGAAGAUUUUCUCCGCAAUUUCCUGAUCAGAAUGGGGAUGAACAGAACUUUUGAAAGCUUUCAAAAUGAAUGGUAUGAAAUCAUACAAAAAGGCUCAUUUCAACCCUCAGAUCCCAGGUUGGUCCCAGACGUGUACACUCAGAAUCAACUUCUAGAAGAAGAGAACAAAAAUUUGAAAAAAGAAUUGGAACAUUAUAAAAUUGCAGCUAACAAAGCUAGCAAAAAUCUGCUGAAAUCGAAGAAAGAAUGUGACUUCCACCGACUUCACCACAAGCGGGUAGUCCAGGAAAAGGACAAACUUAAUAAUGAUAUUAAAGGGUUAAAGUUACAUUAUGGAUCAUAUGAGAAAACUCUAAAGCUGCUCCAGGAGAAAAAAGAUUCUUUACUGAGGCAGAAAAUGCUGACUACCUUGGAAAAAGAUAAAGCAGUUGGACAGAUUACAGGACUCCAGGCUACUUUGCAGAAUUUGGAAACAGGACAUAGUGUCCAGAUUCCUAAGAGUAGAGUAGGUCACAGAUGUGAAAGAGAAAAUGACUCAGAAGGUCCGACCCAAGAAGCUCUUCAAAGAGCCAGGGAAGGAAAGCUUCAGUGUGAUGGAGUCAUUUCCCAUGAUACAGCCAAAGACCCAGUGAAACAGAAAGGCAAGAGGUACCCAAAGGAUUCAGAAUUUCCUGUAGAUACACAAAUAAAUCCACACCUGUAUUGGUUUAAAGAAUGUGGCCAUCCGUUAAAAUCUGGAUACAAGAUAAGCAACAUUUUAAAAGUGCAUGAUCUGGCAGUGAGCAGUUUGGCCUUACAUCCCCACAAAGAGAUCCUGAUCACUUGCAGCGAUGACCAUCUCUGGAAGAUGUGGGCCUUCCCAAGUGGAAACCUCCUGAUGACAGGGGUAGGACACACAGAUUGGCUCUCUGGCUGCUGUUUCCAUCCAAGUGGCACUAAUUUGGCCACCUCCAGUGGAGAUACCACGGUAAAGAUCUGGAACUUCUCCAAAGGAGACUGCAUUCUGACCCUGGAGGGCCACAGCCAAGCCAUCUGGUCCUGCACGUGGCAUUCCUGUGGGGACUUCGUGGCGUCAUCCUCUAUGGACAACACCAGCAAAGUCUGGGAUCUUAACAGUGAAAGAUGCAGAUACACCUUACGUGGCCACAGUGAUUCAGUCAAUAGCAUUGAGUUUCUUCCCUUCUCCAAUACCAUUCUUACCAGCUCUGCAGAUAAGACCCUGUCUCUCUGGGAUGCCAGAACAGGGCUCUGUGCUCAUACUUUCUACGGACACAUGCAUUCCUGCAAUGAUGCCUCAUUCAACAUGAAGGGUGACACUAUUGUGUCCUGUGAUUCCUGUGGCGUUAUGAAGCUCUGGGAUGUCCGAAAAGUGAUAGCGAUGGUGUCGAUUGAUGUGGGUCCCAGUCCUGGAAACCAGGUGGUCUUUGACCCCUCAGGUCGGAUCGUGGCCCAGGCGAGCAAUGACGGCACCAUUCACAUGCUGGAUCUCAAAUCGGGGCAGCUUCACAAACUGACGGGCCACGAAAAUGAGGUGCACAGCGUGGCCUUCACCUACGACGCCGGGCACCUGUUUUCCGGGGGGGCGGAUGGGACAGUCCGCAUCUGGUCCUGAGACCAUCUCCCUCAUCUCCCCCAUCUCCCCCAUCUCCCUCAUCUCCCCAUCUCCCCCCAUCUCUCCCAUCUCCCAA